UGCUACGUCCCGUGGUACAACAUGAAGCAACAUGUAAUGGCAAAACAACAUGUAAUGACACAGAAUAUAUACAAUAAAUACAGCAAGAAUAAAUGUAACAAGGAGGUGACUCAAGUGUGGAGUGCAUGAUUGCAGUGUCUGUAGUCAUCUUCAGUCUCCCAUUGCUGCAAGUGGGUCCACAAGUAUGUCUUAAGUAGCUCUUACAUUUUUUAUUCAUUCAUUUAUUGAGUGUGUUCUAAAUAAACCCCCUUUCAUGCGUCUGACAACUUUGAUAUCAUCUUGAACGUGUUGGACUUUACGCCGAGCACUUGAAAGCAUCACUUCUGUUGUCUCCAUCCGCCAGCUGCGGCGCUGUUUCCUAAACCGUGAGAGGGGGGGCAGGGGGGCGAGCCGCAGCACAGCCGAGCGGAGGUGGAGUCUCGCGGUGGGGAGGGAGAAGAAAGGGGAGAGAGGAGGAAAACGGGGACAGGCAGAACCGAGAGAACCGGGGGGAGGACGGUGGAUGAUUUACGCGUUCAACGUUGCAUUAGAAGCGGGUAAACGGCGGCGGCGAAGAGGAGGCAAACAAGAUGAUAACGCCCUACUUCCUGGAGAGUUUCUGGGGGGAAAAAAAUAAUGGCUUUGACGUGCUCUACCAUAACAUGAAGCAUGGCCAAAUCUCCUCCAAGGAGCUGACCGACUUCAUCAGAGAAAGGAGUACUAUCGAAGAGGCCUACGCCAGAUCAAUGACCAAACUUGCCAAGUCAGCUGGCAACUUUUCUCAGCUUGGGACGUUUGCUCCGGUGUGGGACGUGUUCAAGAGCUCGACAGAGAAGCUGGUCAGCUGUCACAUGGAGCUAGUGAGGAAACUACAGGAACUUAUAAAAGAAGUUCAGAAGUACGUGGAGGAGCAGGCCAAAGCACACAAAAAGACAAAAGAAGAGGUGGCAUCGACCCUGGAGGCCGUCCAGAACAUCCAGACCAUAUCUCAGGCUCUGCAGAAGUCCAAGGAGAUCUACAACGCCAAAACUGUGGAGCAGGAGCGCCUCCGCAAAGAGGGGGCCACCCAGAGAGAUGUGGACAAGGCUGGAGUGAAAGCCAAAAAAGCCACAGAAACCUACAAAGCGUAUGUGGAGAAAUACGCCACAGCGAAGUCAGAAUUUGAACAGAAGAUGGCAGAAACUGCACAGAAAUUCCAAGACAUUGAAGAAAACCACAUUCUCCACAUGAAGGAGAUCAUUCAGUCGUACUCGCAGUCAGUCAACGAGACACACAUUCAAAUAGGAGAGCUCCACCAUGAGUUUGUGAGGAACGUUGAAAACACCUCGGUGGAGAGCUUGAUACAGAAACUGGCGGACAGCAAAGGAACAGGAAAGGAGAGACCAGGGCCCAUUGAGUUCGAGGAGUGCAAUACCGCUAUUGCAACUGAAGGUGCUAAACCCAGAAAGCGAAAACCAUUCGGCAUCCCAGGUCGUAGGAAAGACAAGGACACGGACUCUACGGAGUCUACAGAAGUUGAAGCUGCUAACACUGCCAAUGGCGCUCCCCCCGGAUACUAUGGGGCCAUAGACAUCCAGAAUGCUAAUGUUCCCCGAGUUGAUGCGGAGGGCUUCUGUAUCAGACCAGAAGCAAAUGAAAAUGAAGCCAAAGAGAAUUCCUUCUAUUCGUCCAGCGACUCAGAGGACGAAGACGAACCCAGGAAGUUCCACGUCGAGAUCAAGCCCGUUCAGCCGAACAACGGCACGCACCAGAACCGAGCCACCAUCGACGAGCUCAAAGCCUCCAUUGGAAACAUCAUCCUGUCGCCCUCCACCUCGGGACAGAUGCGGAGGAACCAGUCCAGUGAUGAGCUGGCAAAACCCCGAGUGCAAACACCGUAUGAACUGAGCAACAACGACCUUCUGUCUCUGGACCCGUUCAGCCCGACUCCAGCAGCAGGCUCCUCCUCCUCUGUGUCCUCAUCAGCAGACCUUGGCUCUGUUUUCCUUUCAAUCUCUCCAUCUCCAUCUUUUCUGAUGAAUGAUUCCGACGUCUUUCUGCCAGAGGCAUCAGUUGAGACGGUGCCACAACGGGAGCGCUCCCCUCCGCUGGCAGAGAGCCAGCAAUCCAAAGAUGUCUCCUCUUUCUCCUCAUCCACAUCCUCUCCGUGGGACUCACCAGAAAACGCCUUCCAAGCAUGCAACCCCGUACCGGCGCGUGCCCAGAGCGCCCCCAUCACCCUGCCGACUGAGACGAUCGACCCCAUCAGGAGCCCGGUCGCUGCCAGCCCUCCAAAGAGCGUUGACGCCUUUUCCUCUGUGUCCUGGUCCCAGAGCCAGUGGAUCGCUUUCAGUGAUAUCUUCGCACCACCUCGCCGCCAGGGAUCAGGGCCGUGUGUGAAGGAGCUCCAGAGGCCUCAACCGGGCUCUGGCAGGUCGAGUCGCUUCCUCUCUGAUGACUCUGCUGACACCUACUGCAAAGCACCGGGCAGCAGAGAGGACAACAACUCCUGCUUCCCGGAUGUCUUCACGGGGAUUACAGAUAGGGCGAUGGGUGCAGCUCCACCAAGCAAAGUCUUCAAUGUGCCAUUACCGAAUCGACCCACUACCCCACUGACUGCUGGAGCCCUGGUGCCCCCACCACGACCCUCCUCCAGGCCCAAACUCCCCACUGGAAAACUCACAGGAAUCAAUGAGAUCGUACGACCGUUCAGCCCACCGAAAACAUCCGACGCCAGUCCUCCUCCCGCUGCACCACUCGCCCGGGCAGAGAGUUCCUCCUCCUUGUCCUCGAAUGCCUCUCUCAGCGCCGGCAACACCCCCACCGUUGGAGCUGAGCACACCUUUGCUCACCCCCUCUCCUCCCCAGAGCCAGAGCUGCUCUCCCUUUCUCCUUUUUUUCUACUAAGCCAAAAGGAUGAUGUGUUCAUAGCGAAGCUGCCUACCUUUGAGAAGCGCUGUGAAACACCAGCAGGGACGUCUCGCGGUCCCAGCCCUGUGACCCUGGCAUCCCAAGAUGCUUUGCCCAUUGCCGUGGCCUUCACAGAGUCGGUUAAUGCUUACUUCAAAGGAGCUGAUCCUUCUAAGUGCAUUGUGAAGAUCACGGGAGACAUGACUCUGUCGUUCCCCAUGGGCAUCAUCAAGGUGUUCACCUCCAACCCCUCCCCGGCCGUCCUCACCUUCAAACUGAAGAACAUCAGCAGGCUGGAGCAGAUCCUACCCAACCAGCAGCUCUUAUACAGUGAUCCUUCCCAAAGUGACUCAAAUUCCAAGGACUUCUGGUUCAACAUGCAAGCGCUGACGUCCUACCUCAGAAAAGCCUCUGAUCAGAAUCCCUCAGCUUCCUACUACAAUGUGGACAUCCUAAAAUACCAGGUGUUGUCUGAUGGGAUCCAUUCCACGCCUCUAAACAUGGCUGUGUACUGGAAGUGUACAGACAGUACAACAGACCUGAGGGUAGACUACCGCUAUAACCCAGAUUCCAUGGCCUCUCCUGGGCAUCUCACCAACGUACAGAUCUUAGUGCCUGUUGAUGGAGGAGUCACCAACAUGCAGUCUCUACCCAACUCCAUAUGGAAUUCCGAGCAGAAUAAGUGUUUGUGGAAGCUGACUGACAUCUCAGAAAAGUCUGAAAAUGAAGGUGCUGGAUCUCUGAGGGCCAAGUUCGAGCUGUCAAGUGGUCCGUCAAACCCCUCGACCAUGGCAGUGCAGUUUAUGAAUGAGGGGAGCACCCUGUCCGGGGUGGACAUGGAGCUACUGGGACCUGGAUACAGACUUUCUCUCAGCAAGAAGAGAUUCGCCACAGGACGUUAUAUGGCAGAUUGCUGAGGUGUCCCAUCGCUCUGGUUCACAUAAAGAAAAUCUCUCUUGACACUCAACUUGGCAACUUUAGCCUCCUGAACCUCUGGAUCCACCUGAGCACCACUGUGCUUUUUGCCCAGGAGGCGAGAAUCUCACUACAAUAAAACAGCACUGAGUAUUGAACACUGUUUAAAAAAGAAUAAAAGAAAACUAAGAUGAGCUUUUCAGGAACUGUGUAGAUAUGAAGUCGGAUAAUGCUUUCUCAUCAGUUCACUUUUGUAUAGUCAGAAACGAUUUAUGGAUUAGAUAUAAAUCUAUAUUGUAUUUGAAAUCAUAAAAAAAAAAGAAAAAAGUGCACUAACAAUCUUUCAGAUGCUCAUUUUCUGCUAAUGUUUGUUCUUCUUUCUAAGAGCCUUUAAGGAAUUUAAAACAAAAACCAUUUCUGUGUGGAAGAGAAGAAAAGACGUCUCUCCUUUUCCUCUGAUCUGUAAAUAUUAACGCUGAAUCUUCUGCUCAACUCUGGCUUUGUUCUCAAAUCACUUUGAUUUGCUUGUCAUUCUCUUCACCUCCUCACAAUUAGUCUUUUUGUGUUUUGUAUCAUGUGCAAUGAAGCCAUGAAGGUAGAAUCUGUCUCACCCUCUCUCACUUUCUUGUGGCACAAGCUUGAUCUUUUAAAAUAACAUUGAAGUGCUUUCAAACAAAUGCAAAAAAACAUCUGACCUCAGUGCCUCGUCUUAGUCUGUCGAUCAGUAGGCAACAAAAGUGCUUCAAUGUUUCACCCUGAUAUGGGUGGUUCCAGAUUUAAGCUACAUUUCUCUGUGGUAACAUGCACAGAGUUUUUUAAACAAUCAGCCAUAAUGGGCUCUGUGUUCAGAGGGUCUUUUUAACAUCGAUUUUUUUUGUCCCUCUUUGUAAAUGACCCUUUCUUUUUUUCUACAUUUGAACCCCAAAUUUCUAUUCUCCUCAGAAACCUUGACUGUAAAACAUUGUGUCAAAUGUUAGAUGCUUAAAAAAAAAUCAAAGGACGUUACCCAAAGGUCGUAGCUUUUUCUAAACUGGCUGUGUUUUGUUUUUUUAAUCAAACGUUUGUGCCCUAUCAAUGGAGAAAUGUGCCUGAAUCUAACUUGUUUUGUAAACUCCAGCACAGUUCACGAGAACAGCACCAACAUUGUGCCAGUUGUGUUUUUUACAGCUCUAUUCGGAUACCGAAGGGAAAAUGUCGCCUCUUUUUACAAGCCAACCGUCUUCCAGAAAUGAAUUUGUCACGUUUGCCUUCUUGUGAUUGAGUUUGAUCAUUGAACUCUUUUGUUUUCUUUUUUUCUGUACUCGUCAGUGGACCUGAACCUGUCACAUACUCACUGUGCAGUUAUGGUGUUUGAGAACAGUAGCACAUUAAGGCCAAAUUAACGAUUCAAAUACCUUUAAACAACUACUCUGCACUGUGUAAUCCAGUUUGGUUACAUGCUGCGACACAGUGUUGCCAUUGCCCUGUAAUAGAUUGCUGAUGGUUCUUGCCUCUCGCACAGUGCAUGCUGGGAAAAGCUUCAGCCUCUUGAACAGCACGAGCGCAUGUAGAAAAAGGAUGAGUGAAAAAGUGUCACGUUUGGCUCUCUGUGCUUAAUUGUCUUUUACUAAUGGGGGGCUGCUGCUGCUGUUUGAGGCUGUUGUACGUCUAGAUGGAGUAUUUUAUGUUAUGUUGUGUGUCGGACAUAUUGUCGUUGACCUCAUCGUCGCGGUGAUCUUGAAAUUGGUCGACGUGUCGGUAUGUGACACGUCUGGAGAUGCAAUAAGUUGCGUGGAAGCUGUGAUUGAAAAUAGAUGAAACCUUGUAGGAGGCAGGAGUUUCAUACGCUGUGCAUCAUGUGGCCAACUGACCUCAAAUAAGAUUUUAGGAGACGACAGUUCACAUCAGAAUUAUGUUUAAUUGUGUCAUUGCUAUAAAACUUUUUAACUGGUUUACAGCUGAUUUAAACUCAAACCCUUAUCUGAUUCAUUUAAUGUCUAUCUUGGAAACUUCACAAUUCAUCAUAUCUUGCCGGGGUGAUUAAAUCUAUUCAUAAAUUUGUAAUGUUUUUAAUGUUUUGUAUGAUUCUUUAGUACCUGGAUUAAGACUCAAGCCUUUAAUAAUAUCUUAGAGACAGACACUGUUGCUGUCUGUUGAGCUUUUAAUCAGCCAAAUGUGUGAAAUGAAUGAGUUUAUAUGAAAUCUUAAAAUUGUAGCACCAGACGUUUGUACAGCAAAAAAAA